AAAAAAGUUGCCAAAUCAAAAUGGUCACCGAGCCGAAGUCCGUUGAGCCCAAGGUCAGCACCAAGGAGGCGCAGUGCCAGUCAUCGGACUGCGAGACUUCCCAGCAGGAGCCGGUCUCGCAAGUAAGCAGCCCGAAGGGCGCCCCUGUGGGGAUCUUCAAUGCCGAGGACUUCUUGUCGCGUGCUCAGAUGAACGACAAAAUCAACAUCUUGCGCUCGCCCACCAAGCCGCCCAACGGGGUGCGCCAGCGCUCCGUCUACACCAACAACCCAUCGCCGCAAGCAAGCUUGCGUUUCGGCAUGACUGGGGGCAGCUGUCCCAACGCAUGAGCAACAUCUCGCUGUCCUCCGGCACGGACUCCGUGGGCCACAUGGAUCGCGGCAGCAGCUCCAGUCUCGCUAGCAGCGCCACCGUUGGCACCAACACCAU